AUGCAUGCUAAGCGAUUUCUUGUUCUCGCUCGUCUCUUGUUUCUGGCAUUAUCCAUAUGGCUGAUGUGGAAUGUUGGUGCAGUCGAGUUUGCAGGCCUACAUGUGCCAGGCCUUGAUGGACUUCUACCUUUUGAUGUGCCUGCUUGCGAAGCUUUGCGUGAAGGAGACAACGAUUCUCUAUUUCUGUCACAUGCGGAUGUGAAGCCAUAUCUAAACAACUCUCGAACCAUUGCAUCUCUUCUCGGCUACAUGUACUUUUUCAGCACUCUGAUGGGUUUAGCGGUCAUGCGAGCUAUUGAUAGUGUCUGGCAACGUGAUGGUGUUUCGCCACUCUUCUGCGUUAAUCCUGCACUGUUGUCUGCCGUUUAUAUCGGUGUCCUCUCGAUAGGAGGAAUGUUGUUUCUGUGGUCGGUGCGCAGCGGUAGAAUGCAAUUGUACGAACUUGAGCUUGCUCUAGCCAACUAUAGUUUCAUUCUCAUCAUCAUAGGUCCGUUGAUUUUGAUAUUCACAUUUGAAAGAAAACUGAAAUCCAAUCUAUACAUUUUAUAUUGA